GAGGAGAGUAGAACAAUCUCUGCUGUGAGGUGUCACAGACGCCAUGCCGAAAGCAACAGCAGACGCAGCGAUGUGCUUCAAGUGUGUGUUAGUCUCUGCUUUCUUGCUGUGUGUUGUCAUGGCAGGCAUUCCUCAUGAUGACAUACACUGGACAUACACAGAGGGGAGUUUGGACCAGAUGCACUGGGCCACAAAGUAUCCGGCAUGUGGGGGUAAGAAACAGUCCCCCAUUGACAUCCAGAGACGCGGCGUGAGACACAACCCGGACAUGCUACAGCUGGAGCUCAGUGGAUAUGACGCACAGAGAGGGACCUUCCUUAUGUCCAAUAAUGGACACUCAGUCCAAAUCGACCUGCCCCCCACAAUGAAGAUCACAAAGGGCCUCCCAGGAAAAUACACAGCUGUUCAGAUGCAUCUGCACUGGGGCGGCUGGGACCUGGAGGCCAGCGGAGCAGAGCAUACCAUCGACGGCAUCCGCUACAUGGCAGAGCUCCAUGUCGUCCAUUACAAUUCGGACAAGUACAAGAGCUUCACUGAGGCCAAAGAUAAAUCAGACGGGCUGGCAGUGCUCGCCUUUUUCUACGACGACGGCCAUUUUGAGAACACCUACUACAGUGAUUUCAUCUCCAACCUGGCCAACAUCAAAUAUGCAGGUCAGUCCAUGAACAUUUCAAGCCUGAACGUGCGCUCCAUGUUGCCCGAGAACAUGAACCAUUUCUUCAGGUACCAGGGCUCCCUCACUACUCCCCCCUGCUAUGAGAGCAUCCUGUGGACGGUGUUCGACACCCCCAUUACUCUUUCACAUAACCAGAUCAGGAAACUGGAGAGCACACUGAUGGACAUCCACAACAAGACUCUGUGGGACGACUACCGCAUGGCUCAGCCCCUAAAUGACCGAGUGGUGGAGUCGUCUUUCCUGCCACGACUUGGGAAAGGAACAUUCUGUCGACAGGACGAAAUCGAAUCCAAGCUGCUUAAAAUCGAGGGACUGAUAACGUCUCUUGGAAAAAGCGUGUACUCAGGUGGUAGACUACAAGACUCACGGCCAAGCAAACAUGAACCUCAAGCUUUGUUCCCUCUCGUGCUCAACUUCCAGCGGGAGAAUACUGGCAGUUAUGCAAAAGCCCACCUGGGCCGUCCCAUGAAGCUGGACUCCUUCACCGUCUGCAUGCACGUGUUGCCUGAACGGGAGGGCGCGCACACGGUCAUCUCCUACUCCAGCAACAGCAUCCACAACGAGCUGGUGAUCUCCAUCAGCGAGGACCGAGACAGCAAGGAGGUGGGCCUCUGGAUCGGCAACGAGUUCGUCAACUUGCCGUUCAACUUCCAGUCCCAAAGCUGGGCCAACUACUGCAUCACGUGGUCGUCCCGCACAGGGGGCGCGGAGCUGUGGAUCAACGGCAUGGUGGGGGAGCGACGCUACUUAAAAAACGGCUACACCAUUACCCCCGGCGGGGUGUUUGUCUUGGGAAACGACCAGGACAGCUUGCUGGGUAUUUCCAACACGGAUGCCUUUGUGGGGAAGAUGACGGAUGUGAACGUGUGGGACUAUACCCUCAGCACGGCAAACAUUCGGAACCAGAUGUCAUGUGAGAGGAACGUCACGGCGCAGGGAAAUGUGUUUAGCUGGGGGACCACCAAACUUAGCCUGUACGGGGGGGUGCAGCUAGACAGUCAGUACAGAUGCUGAAAUAUACACGAAAUGCCUUAAAAUAUGCAUGGCAAUAUAUUAGGGGACAUGAUCAGUCAGUAUUUAAUGUAGGCUUUAGCAAUAUACGAAUAAAGUAAGUAAUGCAUUGACAAAAACGUGGAUUAUUUUUGAUAAUGCUGCAAAAAAACAUUGUGCAAAUGUUCAUUGAAAAUAAAAUUAGAAUCACAUCCAA